GGUCACAUUCUUUCCUCAGAGGACUCAUCUUCGCAGAUAUAGACAAUCUGCGCAGGUCCGGGUAAAGGUGGGGCGUUCAGUCUGAUGAUCAACUUGUAAAAGUUUUCCGAGGCGUUUUUUUGAGAGGACGGCAGGAAAACGCAUCAGGAGGAACUUUCCCAGGAACUACGCUGAAGGCUCAUUUCAACCAUCGGCUUCCAGGAGGUGGAAACUGCUAGAGAGCAGCAGGACCUCCAGGACCCGGGGCAGAGCUGUGAGGCGCUGGUACCGACCCAGACCAGUCAUGUCCUCUGGUAAGAACAAGAACCAGACCUCACUGGUCCUCCACAAGGUGAUCAUGGUGGGCAGCGGCGGCGUUGGCAAGUCGGCGCUCACCCUGCAGUUCAUGUAUGACGAGUUUGUGGAGGACUACGAGCCCACCAAGGCCGACAGCUACAGGAAGAAGGUGGUUCUGGACGGCGAGGACGUCCAGAUCGACAUCCUGGACACGGCAGGACAGGAGGACUACGCUGCCAUCAGGGACAACUACUUCAGGAGCGGCGAGGGAUUCCUGCUGGUCUUCUCCAUCACGGAGCACGAGUCCUUCACGGCCACGUCAGAAUUAAGGGAGCAGAUCCUGCGGGUGAAGGAGGAGGAGGCCAUCCCGCUCCUCCUGGUCGGGAACAAGUCGGACCUGGAGGACAAGCGGCAGGUCAGCGUGGAAGAGGCGGCGGCGAAGGCCGGCGAGUGGGGCGUUCAGUACGUGGAGACGUCGGCUAAGACCAGAGCCAACGUGGACAAGGUCUUCUUCGACCUCAUGAGGGAAGUCCGCAAGAAGAAGAUGUCCGAGAGCAAAGACAAGAACAAGCCGAGCAGCGUGGGCAAGAGAAGGAAGUGCUGCGUGCUUUAGGUGGAUCGGAGCGCGCUCAGACAGACUGAAGCACAAACAUCCGAAACGUACCGACUCUCACUUCCAGCUUCUCCAGCUUCCUCUUUCUGUGGAGACAGAGCUGAAGCUCAGCUGUCUGAGGAACCUCGGUGUUAUUUAUCGCUCUCCUCACAUUCCUCACUCACUUUAAAACACUCGUCCUCCUGAACCCGCCUAGAAUCAAGCUUCACGGUGGAUCUGCUCUCUAAUCACCUGCAUGGUUCUCCUCUGUGGAGGAAACACACCUUCUCACUCCAGCAGAUGGAAACUGUUUUACUCUAAAGGGAAUUCAGGGUUCUAAGCUUUUCUGUAGGAAACAAAUCCAGCUUGUUGUUCUAGUUGUUUUCCAGCACAUCCUGCUGAGCUUGUUACUGUUUGCUGCACAACAAUCUGAUUAAAUCAAACUCUGUUAGAAAACCA